ACUUUCUCCUUCCAUCGGCCCUAAGCAGGCUAUGGCGCCAACCGCUUCAGUUCCAAGCGUUUCUUUGAGGAAGAGGAAACGUCGGGGUUCCCACCUGGGAGAUAUAAGUACUUCAAGUACUUCCGAGCUCGAUGGUGAAGAUGAUGAGGCUGAUUUUGCAUAUAUGGAAAGGAGUGAGGAAUCCAUCAGCGACAUACCGGCUGAUCAUGCAUGCGAUCGAGGUGAUGAGGGUGAAGUUGGUGAUGGCGGUUUAGCUGACUUAGAUCAUCCUUUGGAGGAACCGCUCUGCUUAGACGCCCCCCUUGAAUUCGUCCAUGACGCCACAACCUCCACGCCACAUAAUGUUGAUUUGGUGGACAAUUUGAUAGACAUGUCGGGGUAUGACCCUUCUUGUUAUGAGUUGGAAGAUGCAUUUAGUGCCUUUAUGGUUUUCUUCGACAGUGACACAAGAAUACUUAGAUCCUCCGACGAGCUUCUUCCACUGUGCUACGAAUUCCAGGGUUAUGAGACAUUCCGAGGAGCGCAAGUAUUCCCGGAGACAGUGAAAUCUUUAAGUAAGUUCUUUGAUAGCUAUGAGGCUCGUAUCGAGAGUGCUCGCAAUCUAUCCUUUUCUUCGAAGAAUCUGGCCUUUCGUGGUCUUGGUCUGUCUUUAUACGGCAUGGAUGUCACGUCAUAUUCGGAGAUCUCUGACCAUAAACUUCUUUGUUGGAGAGAUACAAUCCGUGACGCUAUCUCAUAUGGGCUUCAAGUAGGUUUCCUGCUUGACAUAUUGAAGAUGAGGCUAGCUCGUGCUGUUUUUGAGACACGGGCUGCUUGCGGUGCAGCGAUAUCUACUCAAUUCCUCAAAGUAGGGGCAACAACUCAAGCUUUGAAACUCAAACAUCAGGAAUUGGACAGUGAAUGUCACAAGUUGCGUGAGCUCUUACUUGAAAAGGGGAUUUCUUCCAAUAAUGCUGGCUACGUAUUGGAGGCUGCGAAAGGGUCACCUUGCAAUGCCUCAUCCAUAUUGUAUGAUACACACUAG